AUGGAGCAAGAGGCGAACGCGGAGAGUUUACCGGUGAAUGACACUGCUACAGAAGUAGUCCCGGGUUACUCUCACAGCUGUCGGGCUAUGCCACUCGGACACGACAACGGCGACGUCGUGGCGCUUGUUCCAGGCCAACCGUUAUCGUGCAUCAUCGCAGCUGGCAACACGUCGCCAUUCUUCUCUACAGGGUCUCUAGAGACGCAGAUCGAGUAUCCUAUCGAAGAAGCGCAGAUGGACACCGACGGUACCCCAAAAGACGUUGAAUACGAUCUAGAAUGGGUGGUAGAGCGUGAAUCAGGACGACGGUAUGAGCAUUUAGCAGCGCCGAUAAUCGACGCGGAAGGACUAGAGGACAUGACCUCGACCGCGCUCAUCGACGCCGACAUGGCGCCCACGCUCCAGUCCAUCCUCGACCAGAAGACGCUGCGGUGGAUAUUCGUUGGCGGCAAGGGUGGUGUAGGAAAGACGACAACCUCCUGCUCCCUCGCCAUCCAGCUCGCAAAGCACCGCAAGUCGGUCCUCCUCAUCUCGACCGACCCCGCCCACAACCUCUCGGAUGCCUUCAACCAGAAGUUCGGAAAGGACGCGCGCCUCGUCAACGGCUUCGAUAACCUCAGCGCCAUGGAAAUCGACCCCAACGGCAGUAUACAAGACUUGCUGGCGAGCGGAGCGGAGGAGGGCCAAGACCCCAUGGCGGGCCUCGGCGGUAUGGGCAGCAUGAUGCAAGAUCUGGCCUUUAGCAUUCCCGGUGUGGACGAAGCCAUGUCGUUCGCCGAAGUGCUCAAGCAAGUCAAGUCCAUGUCCUACGAAGUCAUCAUCUUCGACACGGCGCCCACGGGCCACACGCUACGCUUCCUUCAAUUUCCCACCGUUAUGGAGAAGGCCCUCUCCAAAGUUUCGCAGCUCUCGCGCCAAUUCGGGCCCAUGCUCAACUCUUUCCUUGGUGCGUCUGGCAGACUACCCAACGGACAAAAUAUGGACGAGCUGGUUGAGAAGAUGGAGAACCUGCGCGAGACAAUCGGAGAAGUCAAUGGCCAGUUCAAGGACGCCGACCUCACCACCUUUGUGUGUGUCUGCAUUCCCGAGUUCCUGAGUCUGUACGAGACGGAAAGGAUGAUCCAGGAACUCAACAGCUACGAAAUCGACACGCACUCCAUUGUCGUCAACCAGCUGCUCUUCCCCAAGGAGGAUAACCCCUGCGAGCAGUGCAAUGCGCGACGGAAGAUGCAGAAGAAGUACCUCGAUCAGAUUGAAGAGCUCUACGACGAGUUCAACGUGGUCAAGAUGCCGCUGCUGGUUGAGGAGGUGCGCGGCAAGGAGAAGCUCGAGAAAUUCAGUGAAAUGCUCGUCAAACCCUUCGUCCCACCGCAGUAG